AUUGCGAUUGGCUCAUCGCAAUUGCAAUUUCCAUCUUGGUUUUAUAGUUGAGUACUUGUGACUGGAUCUGGAUUCUCUUGAAAUAUUAAUUCGUUUUUGUUCAACAAUAAGUCAUUUUAACUCGCCCCGUUCAAUGGAUAAAAAUAUCACGAAUGAGGCGCAAGCAGAAAUGGCAGAAGAUGGAUUUGCCACGGAUAAUGUCAAUCGCGAAUCAACUUUACAAAGUCUUUCAACGGUGACUCAGAUCACGAUGGAGGCGCAAGGAGAUGGAUUGGGAGAACAUGGACCUGCAACAGAUAAAGUCGAACUUACGACCUUAAAAAAUGUUGCUAUAAAUACUCCGGUUCAAUCGGAUGAAGAAUCCGAAUUCGAUGAUAAUUUGCUGGCCUGUGAAGUAACAAUCUGUGAAAGUGAUGACGUCAAGGAAAAUAGUACAGGAUCCGAUUCGCAUUCGCAGCCGACGGCACCAGUUGUGAAGAAGGAGUUUGAUAGCAAACAGGAGCCAACACCAGGGUGCAGCACUACUAGCACCGCAUGGUCGCAUGAUGAGUUCUGGCGACAAAUCACAAGUCAGGGUGCUCACCACUCAUUCUUCAAAGACAUGACAGUUAAGGCGGAGCCUGUAGAAAAUCUAGAAGAGAUGGGCUGCAAACCAGUGACCGCAACAGAAGUAGCAGCGCUGAAACCGAGCACCGACCACGCCCACUCCAUCUUCUCACCGGCAAAAGGCAACGAGCCACCGCCCCCACCAAAUGACAGCGAAUCCUGCUACAAGUGCGAGCUCUGCGACUACAAGUGCUCUCAAUCAGCCCAGUUGAAAGUGCACCUCAGAACACAUUCCAGCGAGAAACUUCUCAGCUGUGAAUUUUGUGACUACACAAGUACUCGUUCCUAUAAUAUGCGAAACCAUCGAAGGACGCAUACAGGCGAAAAACCGUUCACCUGUCAAUAUUGUAGCUAUAAAUCCUCGCGUUUGAUUCGUUUAGAGUCUCAUCUUCGAACACAUUCCGGCGAAAAACCUUACAAGUGUGAUUUUUGUGACUACACAUCGGCGCAUUCAAAUAACCUGAGCAUUCAUCUGAGAAAACAUACAAGUGAAAAGUCUUUCAGCUGCCAAUUUUGUAACUAUAAAUGCUUGCAAGCAAGCCAUUUAAAAUCUCAUCUUAGAGUACAUACUGGUGAAAAACCCUUCAGCUGUAAAUUUUGCGAGAGUACUUUCUCACAUUCAAGUAAACUGAAAGUGCAUCUUAGGACUCAUACCGGCGAAAGACCUUUCAGCUGUAAGUUUUGCGAUUUUAAAUUCGCACAGUCAACUCAGUUGAAGUCUCAUCUGGUAACGCAUACAGGUCAAAAACCGUUUAGUUGUACUUUUUGUGACUAUACAUGCCUUGAAUCAUGCAAUUUGAAAUCCCAUAUGAGAACACAUACUGGGGAAAAACCGUUCAGCUGUACAUAUUGCACCUUCAAAUGUGCUCGGUCAAAUAAUUUGAAAAUUCAUUUGAGAACACAUACGGGUGAAAAACCGUUCAGUUGUCAAUAUUGUGAGUAUACAUGCUCGCAUUCAAGUCAUUUGAAAUUGCAUCUCAGAAAACAUACGGGUGAAAAACCGUUCAGCUGCACGUAUUGUGACUAUACAUGCCGUGAAUCGAGCAACUUGAAAGUACACAUCAGAAAACAUACAGGCGAAAAACCGUUUA